AUGCCCAUCUCUCUUCGAAACAACGGCUCGACUCGCGACGACCCUCGUUACAGGUUGGCCGGGCGGUCUCGUUAUCGCUUACUAUUGUUGACAGUCGUGUCGAUCUCGCUCUUUGGCCUCGGAUGUCUGACAUAUCGCCAUGGACCCGUCGUCUCGAGUACCGCCUUGUCAAUUUCGGAUGCGGGUAGAGGUAUUCGUAUAGCCGUCUACGAAGGCUCCGGGUUUCAUGACGACGUAGCGGGCGCAUUGAUCUACACUGCCGAACGGUCCGGCGCGACCGUGACGAGCUAUCGCACACAUCUUCGAGUCUCGCCCGACUACCCGGGAGGAUGGAGGUUCGGGUUCGGCAAGAUCUUAUCCGCGUUUCAUGACGGUCCUACGAUCAGCGCCCCUCCGAAUUCGGUGGACAGUCUAGAGUCCUCGAUAUCCCGCGCCGAAUUCGACGUUUUGAUCAUUGUCAGCUGCGACCAACGAUGGUUGGAAGAUUCCCUAAGAACCGUUCUCGCGCAGCCGAGCGACCUCCAGGUCGUCUGCAUGCAUCACGAAGAGAACGGCUUUCACGCUCACCACGAGCCCUUCCACAACCUAGCCAGGGAAGGUCGGAUCCAGUUCGUCUCGUUGGGAGCGCAUACAUCACGUAUGUACGCCGAACACCUGACGCAGUGGUCCACUCGGGAUCGUAAUACGGGCUGGGCGGUACAUCCCGUACAGACUUUGGUCACGGUUCGUCCUCGCUCUCGUUCCCCGGAGAGAGAGGGAAAGGAAUCGAAAGCUCACGAAGAGGGUCCCUCGACUGUUCCCCCGCCCGCUCGUCUCUCUCUGGUCUUUGUUUUGGACAAGAAGAAGAACAGGCGCACCGGCUGUGAUAACGCCGUGAUCAUGGGCGACUUGACCUAUGGCCGUCGACAUUUCGAUCGAAUAUUUACCGACCUCGAGUCGGAGAUCAUACAAGACCCGUCGGCCUGGGGUUACCGGUACGACCCCGCUCUCAAAACCUUGACCCCCCUCGACCUGGAAAGCGAACCCACCUCGACCUCGACCUCGGCGUUCAAAUUACACAUCCUCGGUAGCGACAAGGGUAAAGUCCCCAUCCCAUCGCUCUUGGUAUCCGGCAACGUGGUCCAAAUCCACUCUCACACCACGUACGAGGAAUAUUAUUCCAUCCUCGGUCGAAUGGACCUAGCGAUCCCCGCUUGGAUCGAUAACGAAUACUGGGCCAAACGAGCGAGCGCCUCUAUAAGCGCUGCGAUCAACGCCAAGGUACCUACCUUGGUUUACCGGGCGAUCAUCGAUGCCUACCCUUACCUCCACCCCGUCGCGUACGUUUUACAUACCGCCGGGGAGAGCGAGAUGAAGAGCGUCCUCCGGCUCAGGCUACGAACCACACCUCCUUCAAAUUUAAAGAGCCAUAACGACGACGACGAUGGGUCCGGAUCAAAGUCAAGAUCGGUCGAUGAAGAUGACGCCCACCCGCCUGGAAUCACGCCUUCCUGGACAGGAUCCAUCCCAGCGUCGGCGGAUUGGGACGAAUAUCACCUGGUCCUCGAUCGAUGGAACCUCGAUAACCUGGAACGGGUCCUCCAUCGUGUCAAGCCGCAGUCCGAGGCGGGUCGUCUGGUACUGUAA